GUGACGUGUAGAGUUCCGUCAGUGUAGCGGUGUCUGUCGGCCAGCCUGCCCCAGCCAACGGCAGCCUUGCCCGGCAAAGAGAUCCAAGAGGGGUCGGUCCAUGACGGAGCGGAGGAGAAGAAAAACAGAAAGGAGUGGACAGAGGACCGCAGCGUGGAGGUGAAGGUACACGACUAGUUGUUUUGGUUUUGCCUUCAGGACUCGGGGAGCGUGUUUUGGCAGUGAUGUGACUCUAAGGUGGGAGAGGAUAUUUUUUAUUUUGUUUUGGUCCUUUUCUGCGCUUACACUGAGCAUUCAGCUGAGGAGCAUCGUGGAAGAGCAGCCGCACUCCUGCUGAUCUGCCGCCGCUGCUCUCCCCUCCGUCCAGCGGAUAAACGUGUGUGGAUGCUGUGGUGUUUUCUGCAUUUUUGCAUUAAAUUACACACCUGGAAAGGUGGAAAAAAAAAACUACAAUAAGAUCAGGGAAUAAGCGAGGGGAAGCAAGAAAUGUUUAGUAAGUUGUGAGGCUGUGGUGUAUAACGGACACAAGGAGGAGACGCUGCAGGAGCAGAACCCAAAACCUGCAGGUUUGUUGAGCCUGUGGGGAUGAGGACGAGCAGGGACGCAACGCAUCCAAGGUGUCAGUGUUAUUAGAGGAGGGGGAGCGGCAGGAGGAGAGGCAUUAGAGCACAGAUUGUCCCCCUUCUAAGGAGGCGGUGAUGGCGGGUGAAGGCACCGGGGUCCUCGCAUUCCGACAGCCGACCGCAGCCCUGAAAGCAGCCGCAGCAGCAGGAGCAGCAUGAGGAGGAGGAGAUCAGAGAGAGCAAACACAGAGGAGGUGACCCUUAUCAUACCCUGAAGGAGACGAGACAAAGAGCAUGAUCUUGUGUUUGUCCACUGUGCCAAAGAAGAGCCAGGGAGACGCCUCCAUGGCCAGAGUAACAUUGCCAUCCUAGCUCCAUCAGGGGCCCUUUUAACCCUUCUACAAGCUGAUCUGGGGGGCUCAAACGUUCCCCUGACUCCACCAGGAGGCUCGCUCCAACUCAACUGCCAGCUCAGAUAACCCUCUGACUGUUGGCAACCACAUGUUUGAGGUGACUGUAUGUGACCGCCGCCGCCGCCCAUUCUCGAGCAGCAGCAGCCUCCUGCGACCCCGAUCUGCACCAUGCAGUGGAGACGGCGGCACUGCUGUCCCAUCAAGAUGACCUGGACCGUCAAGCGUUCGCUCUUUCGAACACAUGUGGCCGGACUCCUCUCGCUGGCUCUGCUCUUCACCCUCUUCUUGUUUUUCAGCCACCAAGACUGGCUGCCAGGGCGCAGUGGGCCCAGGGAAAACCCGCUGGCCUACACCGUCAGGGGCUUUCGCAGCCCCAAGGGAGAAGCAAACCAGAGCAACUCUCUGAGGAGCCUUUGGAGAGAGACAGGAUAUGUUGCACCAAAACCUCUGCUCAACCUCAGCUCUCAGCAGUCGGAUGGAGCAGCAGGGGAUGCAGCAGGAGGAGGGGGAGGUGGUGGAGGAGGAGUCGCCAGGAUGGGAGUAAUGGGGCUUGGGGACACCAUGAGCACUAACAACAGUUUACAGAGGGAGAUGGGUGUUGGUGGGAGGCUCAGCGCUCAGCCAUACCGCUACAUCCUUAACGAGCCCAACAAGUGUAGGGACAGCACACCCUUCCUUAUCCUCCUCAUCGCUGCAGAACCGGGCCAGGCAGAUGCCCGCAACGCCAUCCGUCAGACAUGGGGGAAUGAGAGUGUAGCAAUGGGGCUGGGGUUUGUCCGUCUCUUCCUUCUCGGCACAGGAAAGAGCUCGGACACUUUCCUCCAGAGCAGCAUCGAGGAAGAGAGUCAUAUCCACCAUGACAUCAUCCAACAGGACUAUCAGGACACCUACUACAACCUGACCAUCAAGACCUUGAUGGGUAUGAACUGGGUGGCAACGCAUUGCCCGCAUGCCACUUACGUGAUGAAGACAGACAGCGACAUGUUUGUCAAUACCGAGUAUCUCAUCCAAAAGCUGCUGAAGCCCGAGUUACCUCCAAAGCAGAGGUACUUUACGGGCUAUCUGAUGAGAGGCUAUGCACCAAACCGAAACAAGGACAGCAAGUGGUACAUGCCACCAGAGCUGUACCCGAGCGAGCGUUACCCAAUAUUCUGCUCAGGCACUGGGUACGUGUUCUCAGGGGACAUGGCUGAGCUGAUCUACCAGGCCUCUCUCAGCAUACGCAGACUGCACCUGGAGGACGUUUACGUGGGGAUCUGUCUGGCCAAGCUGCGCAUCGACCCAGCGCCCCCUCCCAAUGAGUUCCUCUUCAACCAUUGGCGGGUGUCUUACUCCAGUUGUAAGUACAGCCACCUGAUCACAUCCCAUCAGUUCCACCCCAACGAACUCAUCAAGUACUGGAACCACUUGCAGACCAACAAGCACAAUGCCUGUAUUAACCUAGCCAAGGAAAAGAACGGCAGGUACAGACACCGAAAGUUUCACGGAGAGAGGCCUCCUUGACGCAUCCUGUGAAGACCACUCGCCUAAAAAAAAAAGGGGAACUGAGCGCACUGUAUCUACAGCCGGUGACGGGCAUGUUAAACACUAUAUGGGGAAAAAGCACAUUGUUUUUGGUAUUGUGUACAGUCAAUGAUCCAAAAUAUUUUUUAAUUUGAGAAAAAAAUGUUAAGUAUUGUAAACCUGUUGAGCUAUUUCUAAAAGGGAGAUUGGGAAACAUGUCUGUACAAUAUGGAGCAUGCACAAAACUGCUGCAGCUCAAAAAGUAGUGUUUAUGAUCAUUCAGGUGCCAUAGACAGCUGGUAAUUUAUUCUACACUUAAUGUGAGGGCUCUCUUUUAAUGGGUAGUACAGUAUGUCGCACUCUUCAAAUAUCAAAAAAAGACACCCGUGUGUUUACACAGACUAAUGGAACUGCACAUGUAUAAUGUCGAAAGUUACACUACCUAAAUAUGAAUGAAAGUAUCUUUGACGUUGACCAGUUAUGCUGCCCUGUUUCUCAGUGUUUACUUUACAGAUUUAUCAAAGAAUAGGACUCUAAAGAGAAGGUUUAUGUCAUAAACUGUAUUUUAUUUUUAAAACAUCGGCGAGAAAGCACUCAGAUUCACGUCAGAGAUGACUGAGAUUGUAUUUUUUAAAGCUUUACAUUGAGUAUGACUGCACUUGAGCAAAUGUGCAAUUAAUCAAUUAAAAAUAAAUGUAUUGAACUCA